GAAGCUUGGACAAUUUCAAACUAAAUCUUGGACAGUUUCUUGCCGAAACUUGGUUAGCUUACAGCGGAAGCUUGAACAGCUUCCACGGAAGCUUCCACUGCUAUUUGCACCAGCUUUGACGUCAUUUGCGAGAAUUUGAACAGUAUCUUGCGGAAGGUUCGACAGCUUUCUGUGGAAAUUUAGGCAACUGGUAACGGAAGCUCAAACAGGAAAGCCGAACAGGGAACAAGAAAGCCAGGACAGCUACUUGGGGAAGCUGGGACUGCUUCUUACGGACAGCUUGUUUCAGAAACUUGUUCGCUUCUUCCAACAGCUUACAGUCGAUGCUUUCAACAGAUGUUCCAUGUUUACUUAAUAAACAUUCAGUUAAACACGUUUUUAAAUAGUUUCUUGAGCAAUCAAAGAUCACUUCCCGGUCGGAGCUCACCCAAGAUGCCUGUUUCCUACGAGUCCGUCAUUCUUCUCACACUAUCGAUUCUUCUGACAAGAUCUCACCCUCUGCCAGAAGAAACUGCAAGCGACGCGUCCAGCAAGUGUACCCUAAGCGAAGAAGACCUCGGCAACCUCAAAAGCGCCAUCUUCAGUGCAGCGAAUGCCAAGACAUCGGAUGACCUUAUACUGUCCAACGAAACCCUAUUGGCUUGUCCCAUCUUGGCGAACUUCAGCGAAAUGCUGAAAACCGUGGCCACCGACAUGGAGGUGUUGAAGACCCAGGGCAUCUCCAACGCGGAGGUCGAACUGCUGCGGGAGUCCUUCGAAGAGAAGCUUAACGAACUCGCCAAGAACAAGGACAUCUUCGAACGGCAAGCCGACCAGGAAGCCUCCAAGACCGAAGGCUCAAUGGUCGAGAAGAUCAACCGGCUACAGCUCCAGAUGGCCAGACUGCAGGAGGAGAUCGAGCAACAGACCAAGCAGAUGUACGCCGACAUGAUCGAGUACGUGUUCCAGCGGUUGAAGACGAACGACACGGAAGCUUAGACAUCUUCUUUCUAAAACGUGGA